UCCGAUGUAACCGCAUGAUAAGACGAGCCGGAGGGUGGGCUCGAAUCCUACGAAAGGUAGGUAUAUGAGUAAGCGAAAGUAAUCUCUACUUCAUUCUGAACUAGACUCGAACUCUCCUCCUUUAGUUGCCGUAACUAUCACCACUGAUCGAAACAUGGCAGAGAAUCAGGAGGAGUUAAAAGGUGCAGAUUCGCCUUUGCCGACAGCCACUCGGGAAUUGGGGGCUGUAACGGAUGGAGACACGGAGGUCGUCUCGCGUGGUACCAAGCGAGGCAUCAAGUCGCGCCAGGCACAGAUGCUUGUUAUAGGAGGCACUAUUGGCACCGGCCUUUUCGUAGGCACGGGGCAGGCAUUGGCCAUUUCGGGACCUGCGUUUCUCUUCGCCGCAUACGUAGUGAUAUGCCUCCUAGUUCAGGGCAUCGUCACCGCUAUGGCCGAGGUCGGUGCCUACUUGCCGGUGCAAGGCAUGUCCGUGGCAUACUACGGGAACCGGAUCGUAUCCCCUAGUCUUGGAUUUGCGCUGGGGUGGAUGUAUUGGUACAUCUGGGGGUUGAGCGUCGCCUACGAGAUCACCGCCGCCGCCGUUGUCAUUAACUACUGGCCGAACACGGUACCGGUGGCAGUGUGGAUCACGAUAAUGUUGGUUGUCAUAGUGACCCUAAAUUUCUUCCCCGUAAAAGUUUACGGGGAAUCGGAGUUCUGGUUUGCUUCGAUCAAGGUCUUCGCGAUCAUCGGCCUCUUGGUUCUCUCCGUGGUCUUGUUUUUUGGCGGCGGGCCAGACCAUACUCGUUUGGGUUUUUGGUAUUGGCAAAACCCUGGGGCGACUAAAGAAUACCUCGUUGAUGGUGCUGGCGGUCGUUUCUGUGCUUUUCUUUUCACCCUCGUCUACUCGUGCUUCAGCUUCAACUUCAGCCCCGAGUUGAUCAUCAUCGCGGCAGGUGAGAUGAAAUCUCCUCGCAAAGAUCUUCCGAAGGCCGCAUUACACUUCAUUUGGCGUCUAGCGGUGUUUUACGUCUUCGGCGCCCUUGCUAUUGGCGUCAUAUGUCGCAGUGACGAGCCUGCACUUACGGAUGGUGGUAAAGGAGCUGCCUCGUCUCCCUGGGUUAUUGCUAUCGAGAAGGCCGGGAUUCACGGGCUAGACAGCGUCAUCAAUGCUGUCGUUAUUACUUCAGCCUGGUCGAGUGGAAACUCAGUGCUAUACAUGUCCAGUCGCUCUCUAUACUCGCUUGCUGUAGCUGGGAACGCACCCCAUAUAUUUAGUCGCUGCAAUAAGCACGGCGUACCCGUCUACGCCGUGAUUGCAUCGAGCCUGUUAUCCUUAUUGGCGUACCUAAAUAUCGGCACAGUCAGUGGCAUCGUGUUCAACUGGUUCGUCAGCAUCAUCAAUACGGCGGCGUUUAUAAGCUGGGCAUGCUGCUGUCUUAUAUAUUUUCGCUUUAGGAAGGCAUGCGCCGCGCAAGGUAUUGCUAGGUCGGAUCUGCCGUAUUCAAGUGUCAUGCAACCAUGGGCAGCUUGGGUUGCGCUUGUGGCGUUCUGCCUCUUUGGAUUGUUGAAUGGAUUUUCGGUCUUCUUUCCAGGAAACUUCACCGCAUCAGGCUUUCUUACCUCGUAUAUUGGUAUCCCUGUGUUCUUGUUGUUAUACUUUGGGCAUAGAAUAUGGGCCAAAGACGACCCAUGGAUUAGAACACCUAACUCUGUUGAUCUUAAAACAGGAUUAGCAGACGCACUGGCGGAUGAAGAACUUGAGGUGGUUAUUCAAGAAAGAAAUGCUUCUUUCAAGCGUGCAGGCAAAGAAUGGUUAAGAAAGCUAUACCUCAUAUGGGGAUGGGAAUGAAUGAGAGUAGGUAAGUCAAUCGCAAAACCAACUUCGUAGAUAGGUACCUAUACAUCAUUAAAAACCGUAU